AUGAGCGCUGUCGAAAAUGGAAACAAUCUUAAGCGAGAGCGUGGCAUGGAAGACUUUGGCACGACCGGAGCUCCUCAACUUUACACCCAAGACGGUCCUCCUGAUGCGAAGCGGCCGAUGAACGACCUUUUCGGCGGCGAAAAUUUGACGACUGAGGAAUACCCCGUGCCGGAUGCAAUGGUUGGGCUGAUCAUUGGUCGUGGCGGAGAUCAAAUUACGAAGAUCCAAGCCGAUUCCGGUUGCCGCGUCGCUGUGGUGCCACAGAGUACUGGUGGAACUACCAGACCUUGCACACUCACUGGGAACCCCGAACAAAUCGCAGCGGCGAAGAAAAUGCUCCAAGACAUCAUCGCUCGCGGAUCGGUGAAAGAAGGAGAGAGCUACAACGGACAUCCAGCACCGUCGGCCAACGAAUUGAUGAAUCAAAAUGUCGCUGCUACCGCGUCAAUCGAUGGAAACGUCAUGGAAGAGAUUAUCAUCCCACACGAUAAGUGUGGAAUAGUCAUCGGCAAAAGUGGCAAUACUUUGAGAAAUCUCCGUUCCCAAUUUGGCUGCUCUGUCAAUUUGGAUUCUACCGUCAAUACUGGCGAUCCUAAGCCGCUUAGAAUUGCUGGUCCUCCAGAAAAGGUGAAUUUGGUUGUCGCUGAGGUGCAUAAAAUGAUGGCUGCAAAGGAAAACAUCACUCAUACAAAAGUCCCCGAUGGACAGGACCAAGUUACUUUCAUGAUUCCAAAAGUGUCAGUUGGAGUUGUCAUCGGAAAAGCUGGAGAGACUAUCAACAGAAUUCAAGAGCAAACGCAGACGCGUAUUCAAUUUGUCCCUGAUGAUCCAAAGAUUCUCGAGCGAGGGUGCUACAUUAUAGGACCGAAAGAGGGAUGUCUCCAAGCGCAGAAAGAAGUCCUCGAAGUCGUGCGAAAGAAGAUGGAAGAGGUUGAAGGAAGCAAGCAGCCAAUGCCAAAGCUGGUAUUCGACGGCAAAAGAUACGUAAAACAAGACGCAAUGAACAGCCACCACGCUGGAGGAGGAGAACAGCAAGUCGACUACCCCGUCCCGGCCAGUCGAGCCGGAGUCGUCAUCGGCAAAGGUGGCGAGACCAUCAACAGCAUCAAAGAAAAGACCGGCGCGUUUGUUCAAAUCAACAAGAAUCCACCCGCCGAGCACCCAGACUGGAAAUACUUCACUAUCCGCGGCAACUCGCAGCAAAUCGCUCAUGCUCAAAAACUCAUUCAAGAAAAGGUCGGCGGUCCUGCUCCGCCUGGCGCUGCCAUCGCCAACAACUCUUCUGGAACCGGUUAUUCUUACACUGGACAAAACAGCUACGGAAGCAGCAACGGAGGUGGACAGCAACAGGAUUACAGUGCUGCUUGGGCGCAGUACUACGCUCAGCUCGCUCAGCAGCAACAGCAAUCAGCUCCAGCAGCAGCUGCUGCUCCCGCGGCUAGUGGCCAACCUGAUUAUUCAAAAGCGUGGGAAGAGUACUUCAGAAAGACAGGGCAAACGCCCCAGAGCUACCAGGCUAGCUUAGCUGCUCAGCAACAACAGCCAGCGGCUCCAGCCGCUGCUGCUGCUCCAGCUACAUCCGCAGCGCCGGCUUCUGGUGGCAACCAGGAUUACUCUGCGCAAUGGGCCGAAUACUACCGUAAACUCGCAGAGUACCAAAAGUCUCAAGGAAAUUAA